CGCACGUGUGCCUCCCGGCGGAUUGUUUACAUAAACACGUGUUGUUUAGAAACUAAUUAUAAACGGCCCGCUGGAAUGACAUGUGUUGCUGUGUAAGAUGGAUGAACGUAAAUUAUGUAAACUAAAUUCGAGAUAACAUUUCGCCCUUUUGGAUGAGUGCAUUUUUGUGUUUAUUAGCUGUUAAAGUGCAAUUAUGGAGCAAUUACUGAGCUUUCAAGAUCGACAACGGGGUGCUCCCGGAGUCGCACACAUGCAGACCCUGGUGAUACUGGUUGCCAUGACAACCAUGGGACGGGGCUUCGUGGACACGGAGGAGUUUAUCAGCGAUUUAGACAUGCCAAUACCAACCGCGCACGUGACAGGCGUGCUCGGGAAGAAGGCGUCGCUGCCGUGCGACACGCAGCCCCUCUCAUCUGACGACAGAGUCGCGAUGGUGCUGUGGUUCAAGGAGGCAGACUGGGAACCACUGUAUAGUUACGACGUCCGCGGCAGGACCAUCUACCAGCCGAAGCUAUGGUCGUCUCCAACUGGGUUCGGGACACGAGCCUACUUCCGCGCCACGGCGUCGCCUGCCACGCUCCUAGUGGAUAGCGUAGCUACUACAGAUAGCGGGGUGUAUAGGUGCAGGGUGGACUUCAAGAAUUCGCCGACGAGGAAUCUGAGGAUCAAUUUUACUGUUAUUACACCAGCGAAUCGGCCAACAAUAAUGGACGCCAGAACCCGAGACCACACGCGGCUGUUAGAGCCGUAUAACGAAGGAGACACUUUGGAGUUACUCUGUGAAGUGUUUGGAGGUGACCCACGACCAUCCGUACUCUGGUAUCUAGAGAAUACGGUAAUCGAUGAGUCGUACGAGCAGCGUGACGACGGCGUGACGACAAACACGCUAACGUUCCCGCGCGUCGGACGACAGCACCUCAACGCAAGGUUGAUCUGUCAAGCGUCGAAUACUAACCUGGCGCCGCCGCAGAGUAAAUUGCUCAUUUUGGAUAUUAAUUUAAAACCACUGAGCGUCCAGAUCGUGGGUCCGGGCGGGCCGCUGUCGGCGGACCGCGGCUACGAGCUGCGCUGCGUCAGCGCGGGGUCCAGACCUCCCGCUGUGGUCACGUGGUGGAAGGGGGACAAACCCAUUAAGAAGAAUAUUAAGAGUUUUUCCGACAGCAAUUCCACAACCAGUAUACUGCAGUUCGUUCCCGAAGCGCGGGAUAAUGGCGGCGAAGUGAGCUGCCGGGCGGAGAACCCGCGGCUCUCUGAUGCUGUGCUCGAAGAUACGUGGAAGAUGGAUGUGCAUUAUGUGCCAAUCGUGAGUCUCAAGCUGGGAUCGAACCUGAGUCCGGAACACAUAAAGGAAGGAGACGAUGUUUACUUCGAAUGCAGCGCGCAAGCAAACCCGCGGCCCGAUAAGUUUACUUGGUUUAAACAAGGUACAGAACUAUCUCACAACGCAAGCGGACUUAUAGUUGGGGAACAAAGACUAGUUCUUCACAAUGUACAGCGCAGUGCAGCCGGGGACUACACGUGUGCUGCAAGUAACGAAGAAGGGAGUGCCAGUAAUACUGUCAGCUUGCAGGUUGCGUAUCCCCCCUCCUGCAAGUCACCAAACCACACAUAUGAAGCAGUUCUCAAUGAAGUGGUGGAACUAAGUUGUGAGGUGGACGGCAGCCCGGCGCCAGCUCGCUUUGUGUGGACACUCAAUGGUACAGGGGGGAGAGAGAUAGAACCUGGCCUCUCCCAGCAAUCGGGUCACACAUCGACACUCCGCUACACGCCGCGAUCUGCGACCGACUUCGGGUCUAUCGGUUGCCUAGCAACCAACGCGGCGGGCUUGCAGAGUGAACACUGCUGGUUUAGUGUUGUGGCUGCUAGUGUCCCCGGGCCGCUCCACAACUGCUCGGUGCUGAACCAGAGCGCUGCGGCGCUGGCGGUGCGCUGCGGCGCGGGGGGGGGGACCCGCCGGCACACCUUCCAUCUCGAGGUGCUGGACCUGCCCACGCUCACUGUACAAGCGAACAUAACAUCAAACACGCCAACAUUCACAGUGUCCAACCUGUCCACUAGCGGGGGCCUCUUACUGCGGGUGUACGCGGCGAACGGCGCGGGGCGCGGGGAAGUGCUGUCGCUGUAUAGUGUGGUGUCGCCUGAUAGAUAUACUGACACAGCUCUCCCGCUGUCCCUCUCACCGGUGGUGGUGUGUGUGGUGGCUAGCAGCGCGCUGCUGGGCGCGGCCGUGUGCGCGGCGCUCGCCGCCGCGUACCGCCGCCGCAGCGCGCGGGACAAGCCGCCCAACGACAACGCGCUGUACACAGAGGACAGUAUCGACUCGUUCCCGAAGCGAGAUCACAUCAACUCGUACGCAGCAUCCCCGAAGAUCGACUACAGCAGCCAGUUCGAGAUCAAAUUGGAUCCAGAUGAAGAUCCUGAUAUCAUUCCUGUACAUUAUGAUAAGAAGCGAAUAGAAAUAGAAGAAUACAAGACGUGUGUGGUGGAGAGCGACACGAUGCGGAUAUACAACGAUCGAGAUUUUAAUAGUGUAGCUAAUAAUUAUAACAUAUCAGUAGUGAACCGCGGUGUAACAGCCCGAGCUGCCGCCAUUGCCGCAGCUCUGCCGAACGUCAGAGAGAGCUGCAUAUAGGCUAGUAUAUUAUAUGCCA